GCUCCGCUCUUGCGCGCUCCUGCGUUCCGAGUUCUCCCUUCUUCCCCUGCCGCUAACACACCCCACUCCUCCUCUUCCUCCUCCCGCGAAACUCCUCCGAGCCACUGUUCAGUUACCUACCGCCUCCCCACGCGCGCGCGCGUGCACACACAUACACACAUCUCCACACCCGCAGGCACACAUACACACACACACACACACACACACACACACACACACACACACAGAUCAUGGCCUUUGGAGAGCAAGGAAUGAAUUGAAAUCCUGGUAGAAGAGAACUUUAUGAGUGAGUGGAUACCAAAAAGAAUGCUGUGAAGGUGGUAGAAGGACCACCAGAAGUCAGAGGACAAGAGCUGCGGCUGUCUUUCAAAGGAGAUGGGAUGGUGAUCUCUCACCACCCUGUCUUCCGUGGACCCUUCUCACACCAGGAUCCAGAUUGCUGAAGCUGGCCAUGGUGAGGCUGGAUUUGACAUAUAGACAGACCUCCACCAUGAUCUCCAGUUGUCAGGGCAACUGCAGCAUUCUCUGUAUGAAAAAGCAAAACCUCCAAACGGAGUUAUGAACAGUGUCCUUAUGAGAAGAUUGAUUCAUUCAGAUGUCUCAGAAAGCCCACCUACACAGAGAAACCUACCAGCUCCUGUGAUUCGACUUUGAUCUACGUAGGCUAUUUCUUGUGCAAACUACUCAACAAUAUCAGCUACUCUUCGAAUGGCUACUCAAAGGAAGCACUUGGUGAAAGACUUUAAUCCUCAUAUUACCUGUUACAUCUGUAAAGGGUAUCUCAUCAAGCCAACUACUGUGACAGAGUGUCUCCACACCUUUUGUAAGACUUGCAUAGUCCAGCACUUUGAAGAUAGUAAUGAUUGCCCAAAGUGUGGCAAUCAGGUUCAUGAGACAAAUCCAUUAGAAAUGUUACGACUGGACAAUACAUUAGAGGAAAUUAUAUUUAAACUGGUUCCUGGACUACGAGAACAGGAACUUGAGCGUGAGACAGAAUUUUGGAAGAAAAACAAGCCUCAAGAAAAUGGACAAGACGAAACUUCGAAAGCUGACAAACCCAAAGUAGAAGAAGGUGAUGAAAAUCAAGAUGAUAAGGACUAUCAUAGAAGUGACCCACAAAUUGCCAUCUGCCUUGAUUGCUUACGUAAUAAUGGGCAAUCAGGGGACAAUGUGGUGAAGGGUUUAAUGAAGAAAUUUAUCCGGUGUUCUACACGUGUGACUGUGGGAACUAUUAAAAAAUUUCUAAGUUUAAAGCUAAAGCUUCCAAGUUCUUAUGAGCUGGAUGUACUAUGCAAUGGUGAAAUUAUGGGGAAGGACCACACUAUGGAAUUCAUCUAUAUGACAAGAUGGCGACUAAGAGGCGAAAAUUUUCGGUGUCUGAACUGCUCAGCUUCGCAAGUCCGCUCACAGGAUGGCCCUUUUUAUCAGUCUUACCCCAUGGUAUUGCAGUAUCGACCAAGAAUUGAUUUUGGUUAAACCAAAGGGCAUAAAUCCCACCAAGAGGAAUCCUGCACUAUUUGUUUACCCAUCGACAGAUUGCACAAUGAAUGGAUGUGUUGGACUAGGGGACACAACUAGAAUUUCAGCAUGCAAAUAAGAACAUUGUCUUUCUUUAAAUUGUCAACUGCAUCUUUGUCAUUUCUAUUGAGAACAAACCAAGUGCCAUUCUGCUACUGAAAUCUCUGCAUAAGAUACCUGUGCUGUCCAACCAUUGCAUUGCAAGUCAUAGCUGAAACCAGUCCAGUGCAUCUCCAAGAUUCAAUCUGCUGACUAUUUUGCUUGCCUAUUCCAAGACUGUACUAAUACCAGUGUUGAUUACACUAGGAAAUGGCAGUGCUCAGUCUUCGUGGUGUUGCAGUUUUCACAUAUUUGCUAUUUUAUUGAUUAUUGUUUAAAAUAAUAGUACUGUAUGAGAACUUAAUGAUUAUAUCUUGGAAUUAUUUUGUAUAGAAAAUAUACUUAGAAAAGUGGUUGCCACGCCACUGUCUUGUUCUUGUUAAAAAGUCCCAUGUGUACAAGUGGAGUUUCCUCAUGUACAAGAGUCCUUUUUUCAGUGAAUAUUAAUUAUUCUUCAGAUAACAUUAAAACACAGCAUAAUUAUAGUAAUUUUUAGUUGUUUAAAUAGGAUCUACCAGUAGCUCUGGAAAGCCUUUUUUGGUUUCCUGGGUGCAAUUUUAUGUGACAUAUAUAAAAACUAAAGCAAGAUUCAUAAAUAUUCAGGACACUGGCAGCUGAUCUCAUUUACAAAGUCAGUGGUGUAAGUGAAGUUGUUACUCCCUCCAUAAUGCCUUAUGGACAAGCAGGAGCUGCGAUGUGAAGCUACAUUGUAUUUCCCAUUUUAUAUAUGUCUCCCUAUUUGAUUUUAUUCAAGUUAGAGUACAUUUUGAAAAAGUUGGCCUUAGGUGUGUGUCGUUGUGGCAUGCAAAGAGUUGUAAUGACUUUAACAUUAAAUGUUAGAAUUUGUAGUCGUUAGACAUUAGACAUUUUUGUGUUUUCAAGUCUCAAAGAAAAUUGUAUAUUAACAUUUUUUGUUAACUGUCACAUUUCCAAAUAGUAUUUUUUAAAAACAAAGGUAAAUAUGAUAUGGCAAAUGAGCAGACUAACCAAUAUCAGUGGUUAAGGGGAUUUCAUUUUAGAUCCUUUUAAGUAAUCAGAGAAAAUGGAACAUUUGCCUUAAACAGGAAGAAAACAACCUUCGGGAAAAAAUAAAUUUUAUUGAAGUUAGAGCUAAAAUAGCAUACUUAAUUUUAUAGCUUUUAUAGAUACAUGUCCUUUGCAACCUUCCAUCCAUUUCAGAUCAGUUUGUAAGUCAAGAGUUCUAUCUUACUGUAAUUCUACAAAAAUAAAGCUUGUAUCAUUUCAUCUACAACCGCCAUUUAAGUAACUUAAAAAUUACAUUGGUAUUCAAAAAAGAGGAAAAUUACUUAAGAAGCUAAGUUAUAUCAAUAAUUAGAAAACAGAUUAACUUGUUUUCUUAAUCAGAUGGGGAGGAAACUUCAAGGGAGGAGUAAAUAAACUCUCAGCUUUAGAAAUUUGACAUGAGCAGUUUGUGUGUUAAACACAGUCUAAUGCACUGUAUGUAUACUAAAAUUUCCAGUAAAAUGUAGCUUGUAAAUUUAUAGUACUAGUCAUAAUAUAGCUAAAAUCUUAAUAUAUUUUACAGUAUAUAAAAGGCUAUAACUUCAUAAGUCCUUUUUAACAUAUCUUUGAUAGAACUUUUUGAUUUAAAAAAAUUACUCAUUCCAACUUUGUUAGAAUAUUAAUAGCAAUAUUUUUAGGCUUUCAUUUGUCCUGGUGGUUCUUUGGGAGGGUUUGCAAGCAAAUUAAACAAGCAAAGUGGAAAAGGGGCAUUUAUUUGUCUUUGAAUAUUUAGAAAUAGAUUUUUACCCUCGCCCAACAAAGCCCUCUUGAAUUCAGUAAAUAACUAAAGAAAUUCUUUUGCUUUGCUGCAGAGUUCUACUGCCUAACUCCCCUCUUGUAUUAGAAAAUCCACCAUAAAUUUGUCAUAGCCUGGUCAAUAGUUAAAACAAUAUUUCAGAGUUGAAAAUAAUUUUUUAUUAAUUAAACCAUUAGGAAACUUUUUUUUAAACUACAGAUAGGAAACUUAGUUAUUUCUGUGUUUUCUGCCAAGAAGCAUAGCCUUAAACACAUUUUUAUACGUACCUGAUUUCUUAGCUACUUAAACUUAAUGCUGUUCUGAACAUUACUUAAUCAUAUUUAGUUGGCUAUUUUUCUACUGAACAAUUACACAAUGUUAGGGAGAGUCUUAUUCUAAAAUUCCUUUAUUUCAUAUCAAUGUGUGAUGCAUGUCUUUUAAGUGUAAUUACAAUAUACGUGUCAGAGUAUGCGCCAAAAAAAAAGUGGGGGAAAGAUGAAUAUCAUAUGAAGACAAGCAGAUACUUUGGAUUAGUUACAUAUUUUAAGAAGGACAUAAGUAAUACAAAAAUAUCACAUGAUGGACUUGAACUUCACAGCUUCAUCAGUCUCUAAAAUAGACACAUGAUGUAGUCUCCACCUGUUCUGAUACUUUUUUUUUUUAAUGACUGUAGUUUAAAACUAUUUGCACAUCUAAUAAGACUAUAAAUCCCCAGAUGCUUAUUCCCCUAAAUCAGGUUUUUGGACUUAGAAGUUACACACAGAAAAUUAGAAUAUGAUUUUUUAAGGCUUAUUACACAACCUUAGGAUACACAUGAAAUAAGAAAUCUCUUCUUACAAAUAAUCUCUAUGAAAAAAUCAGUGAGCAGUUAAUAAAAUCAGAGAACAAAUUGAAACAUAACAAAUUCCUUAAUAGCUAUUCAAUCAACUAAGCAAUAAACUAAAGGGAUUUUAGUCCCAGAAAGUUUGGGUUUUUUUUAAACCUGUUGUUAGUUGCCUUGGGGAAAAACCAUAAAUGUAUGUAUAUGGUCAAGUCCAAGAGGCUUGAAGAAAAAAAGGUAUUUGCAGAGUACAGACAUCUCAUUAAUUGAAGCAAAUAGGGUUAAUUGACAGAUUGGACUUUUGUUAGAUUAACUAGAGGUUGUUAGGGAACAGAGUAAAAUAUAAAGUACAUUGGUGAGGUAUUCUUGUGGAACCUGGGAAAAAUUUGAAUAAUGUCUUUUUAACUAUCAAGGAAAAUGUGUUAUUUCCCUUGUCAAUGUUGAAAACUCUCUUCCUAAUGUGCCACAUUUUAUAUCUGUAAAUGAGUAUGCCUAAAUAUGGCAUUCACAUAUAUACUAAAUUUCAAUGGAUUCUGGGGGUGAGGGGGACAGAUGUUUAUCUUAUGUGAUGUUGCAACUAACUCAUUAGCUUUAUUGACAAUGUUAUUUAAGAGAAAGUGCCUCAUUGCUAAAACUACGUUUCUGUCUUUUAGAUUUACUGCAUAAACUUUGAGUAAGAUGAUGUUUUGGUUUGUGUUUCCUAGGAAUUGUUUCAUUAUUUAAAUAGUGCUUUUAAAAAAAUGAUAUGUUAAAAUUUUCUUUUUGAAAGAUUUGUUAAACAAAUAGGCAUCACCAAAGACACAUUUACUGUUAGGUAAUGAUGUUGGGAGAAAAGCAAUUUUAACACUUUAAAGACUGGAAACAUUAAGUUUGGAAUUGAAUAAAUUUUCUAUUCUUUUAGGCAAUAACCUUGAUAGAUUGCGAUAAAAUUCACCAAAGAAAGGUGUCAGACUGAACAUGCUUGGUGAGAUAAGUCAUUAUAGGUUUUCUUUGAACAAACGACACCACGUUACAGAAUAAAAUAAAUCCCCAAAGACGGGAAUGAGAUGAGCACAAUUUUUAUUUCUUUGAAGUGAUAAGUGGUAGACUGGAUUAGGAUAAAAAGAAAGACAUAGUAGAAUGGAAGCUUGAAGUCUGUCCUUUUGUUCUUUUGAGAGCUAGUUCUUUUACAGUAAAGUUCCAAGUUUAAAAUUUUGAAACUAGAAGCAUUUUUUUUCUGUGGUUCUAGAUCUGUUCUAAAUUUGUAUUUAGUUAGUACCUGGUCAAAUGACAUAGAAAAUAUUUUGAGUGCAAGCUCUGUAAAAGUACUUGGUAUGCUUAACGUUUAAACAAAAAACAUGGUAUUCUGAUUAACUUUCAGAAAAGCUUACAUAUUUUUGCCACCAAAAAAAAUCAUAUCUUUUCAUAAGGGGACUUGUAUUUUAUUCUUAAAAGGCAAAAACAAAAAACACUUUGUGAAGAAUUACUUUAAUUGUUAUUAUCCAAAUAGGGAUCCAAUUAAGGGCUUUUCCAUUUUUCCAAACUAUAUUUUUGUCCUCAGGAUCUAUAUUGUUUGACCAGCUUCUAGGAGGAAUUUUCAUCUUAUGCAGACCUUUUGAUAUCUCUGAGCAUCACAACUAUGUUAGAUAGGGCUUCCAUGAUGGAUAUACCUCAUGCCAAAUUCUGCCCUUUAUGAAAAAACGUGAUAGUUUGAGUGUAAUGAUAAUUCAGUUAAAGUACAUUGUGUAUCAGCCAAAUGUUGGUUGGCUGGUUAUAUGAAUUUAGAAAGCAAAUGGUUGGUAUAACUGUUACUCUUUUGAUUGAGAAUCAGAAAAGCUUGGAAAUGCCAUGAUCAUAAUUUGAAUUUAUUAAGUCCUGUGAUUGGAGGAUGAGGUCACCAAGCCAAGAGAGAAGAGCACAGUGUCUGCCAUUGCUGGCUUUUGAACAAAGAAACAUUUUAAAGUGUGUUGUCAGACUCAACAACCCUUCCAAAGCACAAAAUACCCAACUCCUUCUGGAUUUACUUGACCUAUCUUAGUAAUGUUUUGAUGGGGAAGGGCCAAUUUGAAGGUUCAUAAAAAUGCAUUUAAAUCUAUCAUACUGGGUUUGAUGGCUUUUUCCCCUUAAAGCAAUGUCAUUGCUUUCAAUACUUUCAGAUUGUUGAUAGUAAAAAUGAAAAAGGAUGACUUUUUAACAUGGCAACAUAAAAUUUUUACAAAUACUUUUGCUUCCUUGUAUUUUAAAAUACUGCGGAAAUUGAGCACAUCUUACUUAGGAAAAUUUAAAAUAAGAAAAGGAAAAAAUGAUUGAACUUUAUAAUGGCCAUUUUAGUAUAUCCAUUUAUGCAUUUUUCUCACAUUAAAACCUGACUUUUAAGUUGAUUUCUUCCCUGCCUCAGUUGUCAUGAAACUUGGUAUCAGUUACUCAAGUAAAAACAUAUAUAUGUAUAUAUAAAAGCAUAUACACACAUAUAUUAUUAGACCUAAUUUUCUUCCUUUCUUCUAUAGAUCUCUGUGGGAUAUAGAUCUAAUCAAGUACAGAUGCUGACUAGUAUAUGUUUCUAGGUAGUGUUUGGAAAAACAUUUAAACAGUCUCAUCCCUGUAAAUAUUCUGUGCAUCAGUUCACUGAAGUGGGAGUUCUACACGUUAAAAUUUGUACUGGGAUCAGCCCAAAGCAGUUUUCUUUAGUUCUUUGGAAUUUUUGUUUGUCUUGUUUUUAGGAUGGGAAUGGGAGGGGGGUGGGCCUAAGUGACCUUAAGUAAAGCUGUGAUCCAAGUAAGGAGAAGAAAGGACCUAGGGUGUACCAAUGUUCUAAUGCUUCCUUGCAUCUGGUCAGCCACCGGAGUGAUUGUCAGUUUUUAAUACAAUAGCCCUCACAAAACUGAAAAGAUCAUAGAUUAUAUUGUAAAGUUAUGUUGCUAAUUUUCUUUUAAAAUAUAAGAUAUUUUAAGCUUUUUGUCAAAAGUGAUAACAUCUUAAUACAAAUAAACCUUUUUGUGGUUGUAAAGUUUAGCUUAUAAAUCAUUCAAAUUGAAGUGAAAGAAAUACCAGGUCAUUGUUAAUGACUUAGUCUAUUAAGAAUAUAUGUAUUUUUGUAAAGAAAAAGUACUUGUAGAUAUUUAAUCAGUCCAAGAAAUACCUUUGUUUUGCAAAAAAAAAAAA